ACCAGAAGGCAGCCUAACUUUGAUCGCCCAUUGAAGCAACGUCCUCUCAACAACCACCAAAAACAACCAGCUUCUUCCUUCUAACGCCUAUUUGCUUUCAUCGCCGCUCGGCGGACUUCCCCACGCUCCGAUCCGCACUCUAAUAUAAAACCCAACUAAACUCCAUCUUUGCUCUCUCUGAAAAUCCCCUAAAACCAGAAGAACAGAGACUAGUGCAACAAGGAGAAAUGGCUUUGGCCACUCAACCAGCCUCCACCGCCACCCUCCUCAAAAAGUCUUUCUUUUCUGCCAAACCCCAAUCUUCCAUUUCCACUUCCAUUCCAUUUCCUUCAGUAAAGCCUCGUUCUUUAGUUGUCCGCAACUCAGUCACGGUGUCGCCACCUUCACCGGCGAAGAUCGCCAAGGAAUGCAAAGUCAAGUCCGUGAAGGCAAGGCAGAUCAUUGACAGCCGAGGGAAUCCCACCGUUGAGGUUGAUCUCAUCGCUGAUGAUCUUUACCGAUCCGCCGUCCCCAGUGGCGCCUCCACUGGGAUCUAUGAGGCUUUGGAGCUUAGAGAUGGGGACAAGAGUGUCUAUGGUGGUAAAGGUGUUCUUAAUGCCGUUAAAAACAUCAAUGACAUAUUGGGUCCUAAGCUAAUAGGCGUUGAUGUCAGAAACCAAGAUGAUGUGGAUGCUAUUAUGCUGGAAAUUGAUGGAACUCCAAACAAGUCAAAACUGGGAGCUAAUGCUAUCCUUGGGGUGUCUCUGAGCAUUUGUCGAGCAGGUGCUGGAGUGAAAGGAGUGCCCUUGUACAAGCACAUUCAGGAAAUUUCAGGAACAAAGGAACUUGUCAUGCCAGUUCCUGCUUUUAAUGUCAUAAAUGGAGGCAGUCAUGCUGGAAAUAACUUAGCCAUGCAAGAAUUUAUGAUACUCCCAGUAGGUGCAACUUCCUUUGCCGAGGCUCUCCGCAUGGGUAGUGAAGUUUAUCAUACACUGAAGGGAAUUAUCAAGGCGAAGUAUGGACAGGAUGCUUGCAAUGUCGGAGACGAAGGGGGAUUCGCUCCUAAUGUGCAGGAUAAUAGGGAGGGACUAGUUUUACUCAUGGACGCAAUUGAAAAGGCUGGUUACACGGGGAAGAUCAAAAUUGGAAUGGAUGUUGCUGCUUCUGAGUUUCUCACAAAGGAUGGAAGAUAUGAUUUGAACUUUAAGAAACAACCGAAUGAUGGAGCUCAUGUGCUCUCAGCUCAGAGCCUUGGUGAACUCUACAAGGAUUUUAUCAAUGAUUUCCCCAUUGUAUCCAUUGAAGAUCCUUUCGACCAAGAUGAUUGGAAUUCAUGGGCUUCGCUACAAUCUUCAGUUGAUAUCCAACUUGUUGGGGAUGACUUGUUGGUCACAAAUCCAAAGAGAAUAGCUGAAGCAAUUCAGAAAAAGGCUUGCAAUGGUUUACUUCUCAAGGUUAACCAGAUUGGAACAGUGACUGAAUCCAUUAGGGCAGCACUCGACUCAAAAGCUGCGGGUUGGGGUGUGAUGGUUAGCCACCGAAGUGGUGAAACUGAGGACAACUUUAUUGCUGACCUUUCUGUUGGUUUGGCCAGUGGACAGAUAAAAACCGGAGCUCCUUGCAGAAGUGAAAGAUUGGCCAAGUAUAAUCAGCUUCUGCGAAUUGAAGAGGAACUUGGAAAUGUUCGUUAUGCCGGUGAAGCUUUCAGAUCCCCUUAGGACAAAGAGAGAGCUCAGUUUCGACCAGCAGGAAUUCGGCAUCCAACACACUCACCCUAAGAGAAUCUUGAAGAAUUUUUUUUGCAGAACCAGUCGAUUUAGAUAUCAACUAUAAACAGAACUGUCUAAUUGAUUAAGCAUUAGAACCACGUUUUCCCAAAAUCUUGAAAGAAACAAGUGCCUCUCUGAAUAAGGAAGUUCCAGGGUGUCAUCAGAUCUGUACCACUGCUGUUUGUAUUUUUCUAUGCACUUAGAUACAGCUGCAGGAACUGAAAUUGAUUUAAAUCUUACUGGAACCUGAUAA